CGCACAAAAAACGGAAUAGGCAGUGAGCGUUGCUAUAUAGGCGGAAGUACGUAAACUUGCUCAUGCGCAGUGUCGACCUUAAAACAGCCCUUUUUAUGCCUAGCGUUGAACGACUAGCAUCAAGUGAGCAUCAAAAUGCAGCUGUUUUUGCGUGCACAAAACACCCACACCCUUGAGGUGACCGGACAAGAAACUGUUGGACAAAUCAAGGCCCAUGUCCAGGCACUAGAGGGUCUCCUGGUUGAGGACCAGGUGCUUUUGCUUGCUGGAUGCCCACUGGAGAAUGAUGCCUCCCUGGCCUCCUGUGGAGUCUCAGAGCACUGCACUCUGGAAGUAGCUGGCAGGCUGCUGGGAGGUAAGGUCCAUGGCUCUCUGGCCCGUGCCGGAAAAGUGAGAGGACAGACACCCAAGGUCGAGAAGCAGGAGAAAAAGAAAAAGAAGACUGGCCGUGCCAAGCGCCGCAUUCAAUACAACAGGCGAUUUGUGAACGUUGUGCCCACAUUUGGAAAGAAGAAGGGACCCAACGCCAACUCCUAAAUGCUUCAGUGCAUCUAAAGAGAAGCACCAUGGCUGUCCAGUGUUUAUAAAGUUAAAUGUCGUUCUGUACAUAAUAAAACUUUGCUUGGACAGAA